AUGUCGUCAUUAACUAUUUCAUUGAAUAUAGCACAAAAACUGUUAGUUCAAUAUUGUCAUAUGACAAUAUUUCUACUUGGUACAAUUGGUUCUUUAAUAAAUAUAAUUCUUUUUCAACGACGUCACUUACGAACAAAUUCAUGUUGCAUUUAUUUAUUAUCAUCAUCAAUAAGUGCAUUGAUAUUACUUUCAAUAGGAAUUGUACCACAAAUCUAUGCUGUUUAUAAUUUUUCAAAUCCAUUUACUACAAUUUCAAGUUUUUGCACAGCUCGAGCUUAUUUAAAUCAAACAUGUGCUAUGUCAUGUCGUUGGCUUUUAGUUAUGGCUUGCGUAGAUCGUUGUUUUUCAUGUUCAAGUUAUGCUCGUAUUCGUAAUUUAUCUUCUGUAAUUAUGGCUCGAAUAAUAAUUAUCAUUAUUAAUGUUAUUUGGUUGAUAUUACCAAUUCAUACACUGAUUUACACUAAUAUUCAACCUCCAGGAAAUAUAGCUUGUAUAUUCACUGAUAAGACUAUUGAAAUUUAUCAUGGGUUUUAUACAAUUAUAAUGGGUAGUGCAUUACCAUCUCUUGUUGCUUUUAUAUGUUGUUUAUUUAUAUGGCAACAUUUUCAAGAAAGAAGAAGAAGACGUCAAAUAAUAAUUCCUAAUAAUCAAGUCGAUAGACGAAAAAGAUUACGAAACCAACAAAUAAUAUUUAUGUUAUUAAUACAAGUAGCGAUCUUUAUUGUAUCAACAAUUCCAUUUAUGUCAUUUAAUAUUUAUAAGGCAAUGACACAAUAUGAUAUGAUCAAAUCAACAGAUCGUAAAUCUCUUGAAGCAUUUUUAAGAAGUUUAGCUGAAUUGCUUGUUUAUUUGAUAACAAUGUCAUUUUAUUCAAAUACAUUAGUAUCACGUACAUUUCGAAAAGAAUUAAUUAAAUUAUUUCAAAUAAUAAUUAUUUGUCAUCGUCAAACGAACCGUCGAAGAAUUAAUCCAUUGAAUAUUGCUACAACUAAAACAACAACAACAAUCCCAAUGACAAUAACGAGAAAAACCAUAUCGUCAAUGCCUCGAGCGUUUAAAACAAGUAUCAAUAACAUAUGA